AAAAUUUCCUCGCCGCCAACUUCGAAACCCUCUUCAGCAACCUUCGACGGCAGCAAAAAACAACAAAACGUAGAGGCAGUCAUGUCUGCAGCUCCAAAGCCCCCGAGCGGGCACUUCAACCUGCUCUACUUUGCAAGUGCCAGCACAUUCACAGGAAAGCAGUAUGAGGUGCUGCCCGCGCCUCUUCCCCUGCGGAAGCUGUUUGCGACGCUCGAGGAGCGAUACACCGGCAUCAAGCCCAAGGUGCUCGAGUCCUCUCUAGUGACCAUCAACUUGAACUACGUCGACGUCCCUGAGGAUAGCAAUGAGGGUGGCGCCGACGAGAUUAUGAUUCAAGAGGGUGACGAGGUCGCGAUCAUUCCUCCCGUCAGCUCCGGCUGAGACCUGGGACGGACCGUCUGAUCAUCAAUCGUGUCUCCCUUGGCGCCUCAUGGCCUUAGUAGGGGAUCCUGUUCUCCGGCCACCUCGCCGCUGCUUCCAGGUUCAGGUUCAGGUUCCGCAUGUGUCGUCCACGGAAAUCGCUUAACCUUCCAGAACCUCCACCAUCCUGGCUCCGCUUGCUUAUGAUGCCUGCGCAGCCGAAAGAAGGCCCGUGUGAGGAGCAAAAUGAUAAUUAGGACGACCAGUGUCGAGGCGAUUGAGACGAUGGAGGUCAAGCUGGUGAUGGUCGAGACCUGACACCCCAACGGCCGUGUUCGGAGCUCCCAUCUCUCUGCCCAGUGCGGGCACACGUUCUCAUCAUAGGCUGGGGCGAGCGAUUGGAUGGUGUGAUUGUUUGGCACACAUGACCAUGACUUCCAAGAUUGAUUUGUGUCAGCACCGGGCACGGCACAGAAGAUCGGGUCAACCUACGAAUGGGCACCAGCUACAUCGAUCCUCGUGCAAGCAGCCCCUACAGUCCUGAUGUCUCCAGCAACGAAGCAAGUGCACGUCGCUGGGGUCUUUGGCGGCCAUUACUAUUAGUAAAGAACUAGGCAGUAGCUUAAUAAACGCAAUCAAUUGACGCUCGUUAUGACGGAUCCGCUGGUGACUGAUUCGCGAUCAGGAGAGUGCGCUUUCCCUGUCAUGGCAGUGCUAGUGAUGGAGGGGAAGGAUGACCUAAUCCAGCUCAGACACCUUGCAACCUCCAUGGUCACCUCACCUCCACGUUCUGUUGACCUCGCAUAGCACAGCACACCAUUGCUGUCCGCUUACAACAAUGGCUCUCGUGACCAUACGGAAUCUCGAUGGUCCGCGCCUUGUGUCUACGGACCUCGUAUAAAUGUUGCUCAGGAGUCGUUAAGUAAUUCAGCCCAAUACGGCUUUCACUAUGACGUUAGACCACGCUACUUCGCUCUUCUACCCAGGCACUCUGACCCCGCCCCUGCUUGAAUCGAAUCGAUUCAGGUUGCCGGCUGGGUGACAGUAUAACGGCGUUCCUAGCAUAAUCCGUCUAUGCUCUCGCGAAUUGUCUCGAUGCCCACCAUUACAUCGUCCAAGGUGUCUUCAGGCUGCAGGCACCGCAGAUGUCCUUCUCCGUGCCGUCCUCCAAAACGGGGUUGAGGAGCACAAGGUAACUUGGGUGCGCCAUCUCGACGCACCACGGCCUCGCAUCGCCUGAACGCGGAUGGCGAUCUUCGGAUUGGGCCAGUUGGGUGACCCGGGCUGUCAACUGAUAAUCGCAGUCCACACAGAGAUUCUAGGUGCCUUAGUCCUGCGGUACUUAGCCAUAGGAACAGUCUUGUGGCAUGGACUUCAAGAACUCGGGGGUUCUGGCACAGGUUAGCAUCGACCAUCGGCUCGCUCUUUGAGGGUAACAGCCUACGGUGUCCCCGGCGAAAACCACGCCCGUCUUUCCUGCCGUUGAAUUCAGCCAAACGCGAAGGCAGAUGGCUUCUCUGGGCCAAGCAAGGGAUACAUAUUCCCUUCUUGCUCUUCGACUCGCGAAAUGAAGCAGGCUUUGGCCUCCCGCGAUGGGACGCUCAGCCAAAAGUGUUUCCCGACUCAGACAGCACCAACCAGAAUGCCGCCGCCGAACCUCCACCCUAACUCUGGCUCCAACUCACCCCUGAGACCAGGAUAAAACUCAUUGGACGCAUCGACACUCCUCAGGUUAACCCUGAGGUGCUCCUGCGCAGUGUCCCUCUCAACUUGUUCCCGCUCUUCGUGCCUCAGAUACCCAAAGUCCGCCAGCACCGCGGCGAACCUGUGGCUGAAUCUCGCUGCCACUUUCGCGUCCAUCCCACUGCCGACGGUCGCCGGUGCUCGAUUCGAAGCUUUUGUUGUCUUCCGUUUCCGACCAGUCUCCUGCUCCACGAAGUUGUCUGGAACCCGGCUCGCAUUGACACCACAUAUGUUCACAACAAAAUUCCUUAUAAGCUGAGCACCCUUCGGCGUGUGUGGGACCUCGGGGUGGAAUUGGACGCCGUAUAUCGGGUGCGUAUCGUGCGCGAUGGCCGCGGGCUCAGAGGUCUCGGUCGUUGCUAUUGCGUGAAAGCCUUCGGGGAGCUUGGCCAGUCUAUCACCGUGAGACAUCCAUGCCUUCAUGGGGCCUUCGAUGCAGUGGAAGAGAGGGUCGAAGCGAGCGUUGGUGAUCUGUGCCGUGACCUCUGCCAGGGCGUACUCUCCGGGGACCCCGGCCACGACGUUGGUACGGUCUAGUCGGUACGCGAGCUCGGAGAGGCCAUAGCCUAUUCCGAGUAUGGGUAUGCCGAGAUGUAGGUAGGCUGGAUCAAAAUGUGGCGCACCGUCAUCGUAGACGGAGUAUGGACCUCCGCUGAGGAUUAAUCCAGCAGGCUUGAACCUGAGCUCGGCGAGUCGCGUGGUGCAAGGGAGUAGUUCGGAGUAGACGUUGAGCUCUCGGAGGCGACGGAUAAUGCUGGAUGCAGUCUGAUCAGCACGGUGACAGUCCGACCGUAAUCGAUUUCAGACUUAAAUCGAGGAACUUCGGAUCAGACUUACAGGUGGGUAUGUUGACUGCUGCAUUUUCGACUCGGGUUAGAGAAUGGACAUCAGCCGAGCGGGCUGUGCGGAUGAAGUUUCUUACCCGAAAUCCAAGACCAGAAUAGUUGGGUAAACCUCUUGAGGCUCUGCAAUAGUGUCCAAUCUGGCCAUUCUGAUGGUGAGGGUUGUUCUAUAGGGCUGGGGGUUAUUUCAAGAGUAUGUUUGACGGCACGUCGUCUUAGUUCGUACUAUCUUGAAUUUUCCAUUCGCAUCAAAAC